CUUCAGAACAUUAGACGUGCAUACAAGUGCUGACCGCUGCAAGGCCCCGUCAAGUCGGCAGACGAUGUCAACCGCCAAAAAAGGCCGCAAGUGGCAGGACGCAGUGGUACCGACAGCUACAUGGCCCCCCGAACCGCGCCCGUGCCUCCUCAGGCUGGACAGGACAAUGGCGAGCCCAAGACAUCCCCCAAGCUGCCCCGAUGGAGCAGCGGUGGUGACUUCAGCAUGGAUGAAGAUAUGGCUAGGAUCCUAGGUACCGACGAAGGUUCAUCAUCCAUGAUGAGGCGCGCGUCAAACUUGGUACGACACGGGCGGACAAGCAGUGUCGAGUCGACCGCUCAAACACCCUCGCGAGCAAGCCAUGCACGCAGCGUUAGCGAGACUACUCGGGGCACUGGCUCGCCACGUUGGCAAAGAACCAUGUCUAUUGGUGAGCGCAACGGAAAGAUGUCUGAUUUCACUAGUCCGACUUCCCUGUCGCCUGGUGACGAUCCUGCUAUCCUCAAGCGUCAGCUCAGGUCUUCCGAACUUCGCGUAGCUGAGCUGGAAAGGCGAUUCUCCACCGACGCGGAUCUGCAAAACGCCAGCAAGAAGCUUAUGGAGAAGAAGAAGAUGGUGUCAGAGCUUGACACGCAGAGCGAGAUUAUGAUUCGCCAACUUGAGGUCCUCACCGGGUACGUCGAGAAGGCCAAGGAGACCAAGACACCGGUCGAUGCCCGCAAACUCGAGGAUUCGGCCGUCAAAGACUUUGUACAAAAGCUCGAGCGUGUCAAGAACGACAUGUCGGAGAGCAUUGAGCAAUUGGUCAAGGAGCGCGACCUCCUGGUGGAAGAAAAGUUGAGGGCCACUGCCGAGCGCGACCGAGCUCUGAUGGAGUUUGAGCAACUGUCCAACAAGAACGCCCAGCUCGCGGACAUGAAUAAUGAUCUUACGCGCGAGCUUCAGGGACGGAUGAAGAACAGUUCCAUGGACAGCAAGGCACUCAAUGGCCUGGGCAUCUACGGCGACCACAAGGCUGCAUCCUCCUCUGUCAAUCUGGACAAUGCCAGUCUGUCUACAGGCCCGACCCUCCUCGCCGAUGAAGAACCCAUUGUCGAGACGGGACCAACCGUCGUCCAGGUGCGCAAGGGUCAAGUCAAGAAGUUCAACUGGAAGAAGGGCUCCAAGGGCCUCGCCCAGAACGUGGCGAAGGGUGUCAGGGGCGCUGUGGUGGCUUUCCAGCAAAACGACCGAGGGGAACGUAUCCCAACCACAAUGGCCGGCGGCGACAUUGGUAUGCCGUACAACGCAACGGUUGCAACCGUGGAUUCACCGCCCGUCACCACUCCAAAUGGGCCAACAAACCCCCCUGCCACCAGCAAUCACCACCACACCCACCACCAGAGGCAGCAAGAUCAGGGGCGCCAGGGCUUUGGGUUCUUCAGCAAGAAGAACAACAUGCCCAAGUCGCAGUCGUCCAGCGCCGUGUCUACGCCAGUUCCCGUACCCGAUGCGUCCACCACUCUCUUCGGCUCUGACCUGAGCGAGCGAGCCGAGUUUGAGCGUCGACAGAUCCCCAGCGUCGUGACCCGCUGUAUCGAAGAGGUCGAGCUCAGGGGUAUGGACCAGGAAGGCAUCUACCGCAAGACAGGCGGCAACUCGCAGGUCAACAUGAUCAAGGACGGCUUCGACAAGGACGAGAGCUUUGACAUUUCCGAUCCUGACUUGGAUAUCACAGCCGUCACGAGUGUGCUGAAGCAGUACUUCCGCAAGCUGCCGGUGCCUUUGUUGACGUAUGAUGUGUAUGACCGGGUUCUGGAGUCGACGAGUAAGUGCACCGCGCAAAGGGAUCUGUUUAUUUAUGAUCAUACUAACGGGAUGACAGGCAUCGUUGACGAGUCGGAACGAUGCGACCACCUGCGCAAGACGUUUGCAUCGCUUCCGCAGAGCCACCGGGACUGUCUGGAGUUCCUCAUGUUCCAUCUCGAUCGCGUCGCUCAGCGGCAAAGCGAGAACCUCAUGACGCCCAAGAACUUGGCCGUCGUUUUUGCCCCUACCAUCAUGUUCGACCGCAGCAUCGAGCGCGAGAUGACGGACAUGCACGCCAAGAAUCUGGCCGUGCAGUUUGUCCUCGAGAACAGCCGCACUAUCUUUACAGAGGCUUGAGAUUUAUGUACCUGCUCUUUUCUCUCUUAGCUUAUGAUACCGGGCUUCUGCAUGGCCCCAUCGCAUGUUUGUUCUUCUUGGUCCUGUUCUUCUUCUUCUUCUUCUUCUUCUUCUUCUUCUUAUGACCUGGAUGCAUAUGAGUCUUAAACUCUGUUUUAUAUGUUCACUUUCC